AUCAAUGGCCACCCGAAGCUGGAGAGACACCGUGAGCACCCUCCUGGUUAUGACAGCUCCUCUACCAUGAUGAGCAGUGAGCUGGAGUCCAGCAGCUUCAUCGACUCUGAUGAUGACGACAACACAAGCAGGUUGAGUAGCUCCACUGAGCAGAGCACCUCAUCCCGCCUCAUACGGAAGCACAAGCGCAGGAGGAGGAAACAAAGGAUGCGGCAGAUUGACAGGUCGUCUUCAUUCAGCAGCAUCACUGAUUCUACCAUGUCCCUAAAUAUCAUCACUGUCACACUCAACAUGGAAAAGUAUAACUUCCUGGGCAUCAGCAUUGUAGGACAGAGCAAUGACCGGGGAGAUGGUGGCAUCUACAUUGGCUCCAUCAUGAAGGGAGGGGCUGUGGCAGCCGACGGCCGGAUCGAACCAGGAGACAUGCUUCUGCAGGUGAAUGAUGUCAAUUUUGAGAACAUGAGCAAUGAUGAUGCAGUACGGGUGUUACGGGAAAUAGUCUCCAAACCAGGACCUAUCAGCCUAACAGUAGCCAAAUGCUGGGACCCUACUCCCAGGAGUUACUUCACCAUCCCCAGGGCUGAACCAGUGAGGCCAAUUGACCCAGCAGCGUGGAUCUCUCAUACCACAGCCAUGACGGGAGCGUACCCCCGUUACGGUAUGAGCCCCUCCAUGAGCAUCACCACAUCUACCAGCUCCUCACUAACAAGCUCAAUUCCCGAUUCGGAAAAAUUAGAAGAAUCUCCCUUAACUGUGAAGAGUGACAUGGCUACUAUUGUCAAGGUGAUGCAGCUGCCAGACUCAGGCCUUGAAAUUCGGGACAGGAUGUGGUUAAAAAUUACCAUCUCCAAUGCAGUGAUAGGAGCAGAUGUGGUUGACUGGCUUUACACACACGUGGAAGGCUUCAAAGACCGACGGGAGGCUCGGAAGUACGCCAGCAGCAUGUUGAAACAUGGCUACCUCAGGCACACUGUGAACAAAAUCACCUUCUCAGAGCAGUGCUACUACGUCUUUGGAGACCUCUGCGGCAAUAUGGCUGCACUGAACCUUAACAAUGGUUCCAGCGGAGCCUCGGAUCAGGACACCCUUGCUCCACUUCCACACCCUGCUGCUCCCUGGCCAUUAGGCCAAGGAUACCCCUACCAGUAUCCUCUGCCCCCUCCGUGUUUUCCACCAGCAUACCAAGACCCAGGCUUCAGCUAUGGCAGUGGCAGUGCAGGGAGCCAGCAAAGUGAAGGUGAGAUGGUUACUCUGGUGUUUGUUUCUACAGCUGUCAUUACCCCUCACCAUUUGCUUGACUUCCUUCGUCCUGUCUGUGCUCCUGUCUUGUGGUUUCUUGUGCUACCUGCAUGGGUUUGGUGA